AUGAUAGAACAGAUUAAUAAGUUGUUUGUUCAUGUCAUAACCCAAAAAUAUGAGACUGCUCAUAUUCUAGAACUACUUCCACAUAGUGCUGAAGAUAAAGGAAAGAACAAAUCUACUGUAAGAGGACAAGAAGUUGAGGAAAACAAAAGAGAUCCAAUGGAUUUGAAGAAAGGUAAAACGUCAAUGGUUCGAAAGCUAAAAGCAAAGGAGAGGAAGAGGAAAAGGGAUGCAAACUAUGAGUACAGCUUGAAGAAAAAAACUAAGGAACUCAUGGAAACAUCCAAUGACAUUAUCACCGUUGUUGAUUCAUCAAGGAAGACAAGAGAGAGGCAAGAGAAAGAAAAGUAUGAAAGAGAGAUGAAAAGGUUGUGGAAA